UAUCUGAUAUCUCAAACCCACCAGCCUUCUACAAAUGCAGUAGAGAAAUCAUAUCUCUCAAUGCAAUAGUAAAGCUGUAGAACACAAGCCGUCAUGUCUCCUAUGCCUCCGAUAAUCAUUGUCCUAUCCUCUAUUCUGACAUGCUCAUUACUAGGUGCUACAGCUCUCCACGGUCAUGGUGAUGCUAGCACCGACUUCCAAGCCCUCCGUUGCCUUAAACUCCAUCUCAACACUUCUGCUCGAUUCCUAGCCUCAUGGAAGAUUGAUGGUUCCCUCCAAAAGUUCUGCACUUGGUCCGGUGUUACCUGCAGCAAGAGGCACACGUCUCGUGUGGUUGCACUGGACCUCGAGUCACUCUACCUUGAUGGCCAAAUGCCUCCUUGCAUUGCAAAUCUCACUCUCCUCACAAGAAUCCACCUCCCAAAUAAUCAGCUUCGGGGUCCAAUCCCGACUGAACUUGGCCAACUGAAUACGUUGCGGUAUCUUAACCUCAGCUCAAACAAUCUUAGCGGCAUGAUCCCAAGCACUCUGUCCUCAUGCUCUCAGCUUAGAGUCAUUGAUCUUGGGAGCAACUCCUUCAGCGGUGAGAUCCCACCAAACCUAAGCCAAUGUUCAAAUAUGCAGCAGCUCAAGCUGGAUCACAACAGGCUGAUUGGAGGCAUCCCCGAAGGGUUGGGGAUACUCCGCAACCUUUCAGUUUUGCAUCUUGCUGGAAAUACUCUGACGGGUAAUAUACCUCUUUCACUUGGAACCAGUUCUGCUCUUCGCUCUGUUAAUCUCACUGACAAUAGCCUCACAGGACCCAUCCCGUCUCUCCUAGCUAAUAGUUCAUCACUUCAAUUUUUCUUCUUAACCAAAAAUCAGCUAGGUGGAGAGAUUCCAUCUGCACUAUUCAACAGCACAUCACUCAAAAUCUUGUCCCUGGGAGUAAACAACUUUAUUGGGUCCAUACCUGCUGUUUUCCCGAAUUUUGAUGACUCACCCUUGCAACAUAUUGUCUUGGCAUCAAAUAAUCUUGCAGGGGCAAUACCUUCUACUCUAGGGAACUUUUCUUCCCUUCGCUGGCUCUUACUUUCACAGAAUAAUUUUCAAGGUAGCAUCCCAGCGAGUAUAGGUAAGCUUCCCAACCUGCAACUACUAGACCUGAGUUACAACGUCUUGUCUGGGAGUGUCCCCGCCUCUAUUUACAACAUAUCAAAACUCACAUACCUUAGCAUGGGUGUGAAUUCUCUGGCAGGGGAAAUUCCAUAUAACAUAGGAUAUACCCUUCCAAGCAUCCAAACUUUGAUUAUGGGAGUAAACAAAUUUCAUGGCCAAAUCCCCACUUCACUAGCCAACACAACGAAUCUUCAUACGAUUUAUCUCGCUGAAAGUGCAUUCCAUGGUAUUGUGCCUUCUCUUGGGACUCUUCCCAACUUAAUCAGCCUAGAUCUAGGCGAGAAUAGUCUCGAAGCAGGAGAUUGGUCCUUCUUAACCUCACUGACCAAUUGCACUCAACUGGUGGAAUUAUUAUUGGAUGCAAACAUCCUUCAAGGAGAAUUACCAAAUUCCAUUGCUGACCUUCCAAAGAGCUUAGAGGUAUUGUUAUUAAUAGCAAAUAAAAUAUCUGGCACCGUACCAAAAGCAAUGGGGCACCUCACAAACAUUAAACGUCUUUACAUGGAAGAUAAUUUGCUUACUGGAAGUAUCCCCAAAUCACUUGGAAAUCUUCAAGAAUUAAUUGAACUAAGCUUAUCCCAGAACAAACUUUCCGGACAAAUUCCGCUAUCACUUGGCAAUCUAGGUCAAUUGGGUGAGCUAUAUUUACAGGAAAAUAAUUUGAGUGGCCCAAUCCCAAGAACUCUACGGGAUUGUAAAAAUUUGGAAAUAUUGAACCUCUCUUCUAACAGCUUUGAUGAUAGCAUACCAAAGGAGCUUUUUACACUUUUCUCUCUUUCCAAAGGUUUGGACUUAUCUCAUAACAAACUCUCAGGAGAAAUACCACUAGAGAUUGGCAGCUUGGUGAAUCUGGGUGCAUUGAAUAUUUCCAAUAACCAGUUGUCUGGAGAAAUUCCCUCCACUCUAGGUGAGUGCGUUCAUUUGGAGUCACUGCACAUGGAGGGGAACACUUUUCAUGGGAGUAUCCCUCAACCUCUCAUGAAUUUGAGAGGCAUCAUUGUGAUGGAUCUAUCUCAAAACAACUUGUCUGGUGAAAUCCCGGACUUCUUUCAGUCCUUUAGUUCCAUGAAGCUUCUCAAUUUGUCGUUCAACAAUCUCGAGGGACCAGUUCCACCAGGUGGGAUGUUCCAGAAUGGAAGUGAGGUGUUCAUACAAGGGAACAAGAAGUUAUGUGCAAACACCCCAUUGCUAGAGUUGCCACUUUGCAAUGGAGUGAUAUACAAACAGAAGAUGCACAUCUCCAAGAUCCUUAAGAUUGUGGCAAUUACUGCUCUUUCUUUGGUUCUGUUAUCAUGCUUUGGAGUCAUUAUUUUCAAAAAGAGAAAGAAAAUUGAACAUGCAACACAUCCAUCUAUCAAGGAGUUAAAGAAGUUGACAUAUGCUGAUUUAGUGAAAGCAACAAAUGGUUUUUCUUUAGCCAACUUGGUUGGUUCAGGGAAAUAUGGAUCUGUGUACGAAGGUAGAAUUGAGUACGAAGAAAGAGUUGCCAUCAAAGUUUUCAAACUUGAUCAACUUGGAGCAACAAAGAGUUUCCUUGCUGAAUGUGAGGCACUGAGAAACACUCGUCAUCGUAAUCUUGUAAGGGUGAUCACCGUAUGCUCGACAAGUGACCCAACAGGAAAUGAGUUCAAGGCUCUUAUUCUUGAGUUUAUGGUAAAUGGCGACCUAGAGAGUUGGCUCUAUCCGACACUACUCCACGAGCAUCAUCCAGAAAGGCCGUUGUGUUUGGGUUCAAGAAUUGCAAUAGCAGUGGACAUAGCUGCUGCUUUGAAUUACCUCCAUAACCAAUGCAUGCCUCCUAUGGUCCACUGUGAUCUGAAGCCUAGCAAUGUCCUUCUGGAUGAUGUCAUGGGCGCAUGUGUCGGCGACUUUGGGUUGGCUAAGUUCCUACAUGGUUAUUCUUCUUCUUCUGGGAUUGAUGGUUCUACUUCUACAAGCUUAGUGGGGCCAAGAGGAUCAGUUGGAUACAUUGCACCAGAAUAUGGCUAUGGAAGCAAAAUCUCGACGGAGGGUGAUGUUUACAGCUAUGGAGUAAUCAUCUUAUAGAUGCUCACAGGGAAGCGUCCAACUGACGAGAUGUUUAAAGAUGGCCUGAGCCUUUACAAAUUUGUGGAAGAUUCAUUUCCGAAAAAGAUUUGUGAGAUUCUAGAUCCUAGAAUCAUCAUCCCCUAUUAUGGGAACCGAGAUGAAGAAGAAGCGGGCAAUUCUUCAGAUCCGGAAAAUCAUCAAAUUGCUGCUGGAAUAAUGGGCUGCAUCAGGGCUCUUGCUAAGCUUGGCCUGCUGUGUGCUGUGGAGACGCCUAAAGAUCGCCCAGCAAUGCAGGACGUCUACACUGAUGCCAUCACAAUCAAAGAAGCAUUUUCAGCACUGCAGGGCUGAGGAGAAGAAGCAUUUUCAACCGUAACUAUCGAUUGCCCACACGUCUGCGUUGUGAAGUAUCUUCUAUUUCAGUAGCAAAUCUAUGUGUGUACUGAAGGCAAACUAUAGUUCAGCCUAUAUACAAUAAAGUUCAGCAUGGGCAACUACAUCA